GAUAGUGUAGUAAUAUCUGGACCCGUCGGAAGUUCAAUACUAAUAUACGACUGUGAGAGGUGUUUACUGUUGGUUGGAUGUCAUCAGUUUCGAAUGCACACGUCUAAAAAAAUGUUUAUUUAUCUUCACGUCACGAGUCAUCCAAUUAUUGAGGAUAGUCAUGAUAUUGAAUUUGCUCCUUACACAUUGCUUACUCCCGGUUUGGACAAAAUGUUUGAGAUCGCAAAGUUGGAUCAAUCGAACAACAAAUAUGAUAAGGUUGAAGAUUUUAAUUGGCUGAAGCAACAAGCGUCACCAAAUUGGAAAAUUAUUCCAGAAGAAAGAUGGCGUAAGGAUUGGUCGUUACUUUGGGUUGAUGACCCAAAUAGCAUUACAGAAGAGGAUGUUAAGAGAAUGUUGAAUGAGACCUUUGGUUCACUUUAA